UUGCCAGAUCAAGAGGACAAAGAACAGAAUCCAACAGAUCAGGAACAGAGGAAUUCAGACAGUAUCAGAAUAUCAUCAGUUCGCCCAUCAAACACUUACAGACGGUGGCUCUGGGUUGCAGUUUUAGCUUUCUUCGUCAUCGCGGGCCAAACAAUUGCUACCCUCGUGGGCAGGCUUUACUUUGACGGCGGAGGAAAGAGCUCGUGGAUGCAGACACUAGUUCAACUUGUCGGUUUUCCAAUCCUGCUUCCAUUUUACUUCUUCUCACCUACAAAAGAACACGAAACAACUGAUUCAAAUGCCAGACAGCCUUCACCCGUGAGAGCCGUAUCAGUUUACGCAGUGCUAGGAUUGCUUUACCUAGCCGUCUGCUACUUGUACUCAAUCGGGCUGCAUUACCUGCCAGUGUCUACCUUUUCCCUGAUCACUGCAUCUCAGCUAGCCUUCAAUGCUGCCUUUUCCUACUUCCUUAACUCGCAGAAACUCACUCCUUUCAUCCUGAAUUCCGUCCUCAUCCUAACCAUCUCCUCCGCCCUCCUCGCUUUCAACAACGAGGAAACAGAUUCUGCAAAAGUUUCAAAAGCAGAGUAUAUCACAGGGUUCAUAUGUACCGUUGGUUCUUCUGCUGCAUAUGGCCUUUACUUAUCCCUUCAAGAGCUAACCCUCCGAAAGAUCUUGAAGAGGGCAACUUUCUCGCAAGUUAUGGAGAUGAUAAUCUACAUGGGUCUGAUUUCUAGCUGUGCUUGCAUGAUAGGUCUUUUCGCAAGUGGGGAGUGGAAAACUUUAACCCAUGAAAUGCAACAGUUCAAAACUGGGAAGGUGUCUUACAUCAUGAACCUGGUCUGGACGACUGUUGCUUGGCAGCUAUUCACCAUCGGAGGCACGGGGCUGAUCUUUGAGCUUUCGGCUCUAUUCUCAAAUGCGAUAAAUGCCGUGGGCUUGCCUGUGAUACCUAUCCUGGCUGUAUUCAUUUUCCAUGACAAAAUGAAUGGGUUAAAGGUGAUUGCUAUGGUCUUAGCUCUUUGGGGUUUCGCUUCCUAUGUCUACCAAAACUACCUUGAUGACAAAAGAAAUGAAGAACAGUCAUGAACCUGAAUAAAAAGUUCACAGAUU